AUUUAAGGAUAACAUUACAAAUUAUAUAUUCGAUCAUGUGUAGGUGAGUUCAUUUGUUUCAAAGUAGAUUGCAAAUUGUACGUCGUAUGCAAAGAUUGACAGCUCUAGUCCAAUCUAGUCUAAUCCAAUCAAGUAAGAUAUAUUCUGUUUCUGCUUUAAUUGAAAGUAGGUUCACCCAAUCAAAAUAAAUAUUUACUAGAACGCUCCGCGAUAGGGGUGGGUCUCUGACAUUUUUGUUGCACUAGCGCUGUUUGUGUACGAGAGGAGUUUGAAAACGUCAGUUGGGGCCACAGAUUUGGGUUAGUGACAGGCUUUUUAUUAAUUUUUUUACAACAAUUUGCUGUCAAUGUGUAUUUGACGCUAUUGAAGAAUUUGCGACCUCACGGUGAUUUUUGUUUUUUUGGAGAUGGGACAGACAGACUAUAAAUAGCCUAGUUAAAAAUAACUUUAUUUGAUUUUACAUUGAAUGAAUCAUGGACUUUUUAAAGUAAAGAAUAAUUUCAACACCGGUUACAUUUGAUUUGUCCUCUCUUAACCCUCCAUAUAAUUGAGCAAAUAAAACAUUGGCUAAGCCAAUCACGGACUACACUGCUAUUCUCCGGCACUGUACGAGAAUAACAAGUAGCGCUGUCGUUUGCAACAAAAGCAUUGAAAAGAGGAGAAAUCAUUAUUCGGGUUUGGUCACGUUUUUGAGGUGCAAUUCAUAAACUAAGAAGAAUAGGCUAGGAGUGUGAGGUGAUUUAUUUAACCAGCGCAAGGAACCAUCUGGUGAUUGCAUCGCCAAGUUUACACUCCUGCGUGCGCGUACGUACUAUCCCUAAACUCCAGUGGAAGGGAGGAGUAGAAAGAAGGUGUAGCAGCACAGUUGCAGUGGCCCUCUGAUAAAUGUCCACCUGCGCUGAAGUUUUUAUGGGUCUUUCUCUUCAGCCAAAGCUGCUGUAUGAGGCAGAUCUUCCAGCGUGGAUCAUAGCAACUUGUCAACUCUAACAGAGCUGCCCCAAGUCCACUCCCCAGCCAUCUGACAGACCCAACACACAUCAAAGCUCAGCUCAGUCCAACCCAACCCCUUUGACUCAUACCAUUGGGCCAUGGAGGAUUAUGACGUGCGCUCGGCCGCCAGUAUCCUGGCCUCGGUGAAAGAGCAGGAGGCACGCUUCGAGCGUCUGACCCGGGCCCUGGAGGAGGAGCGACGCAACGUCUCCCUGCAGCUGGAGCGUUCCAAUGUACCCCCCGACAGGUUGGGAGGGACUGGGCCUAGCGCUAACCUGCCACCCAACAGCCAACCCCUGGCCUGGCAGCAGGUGGUGAUGCAGGAGCAGAGCCCCAGUAACCAGACGUCUCUGGCCAUGAUGCAGGAGCCCCAGGAGAUGGUGGAGGAGACGGUCACCAUCGAGGAGGACCCUGGCACGCCCACCUCCCAUGUGUCCGUUGUCACCUCCGACGACGGCACCACACGACGCACAGAAACCAAGGAUAUGUCAACUAACCUGAAGGUGACCAAGGUGAUCAAAACCAUCACCCGCCGCAGGUACCUGCCAGUGACCGUCACAGAGACCCUGGUGGUGCCAGGAGGUCCCAUCACCCCGCAGUCCAAACCCAGCACCCCGGUGCCCACCCCUUCUCCCACCCCCUCCCCAUCAGAGACAGACCCAGUGACUAAGAUGGUGAAGACGGUGACCACGCGGACGGUUCGCCAGGUGCCCCUGGGCCCCGACGGCCUGCCUCUGCCUGAGGGCUCGUCCCCGCUGGGCAGCUACACAGACUCCAUCGACCGGCGCUACCUGAAGAAUGGCGAGCGCUACAUCACCACGCCGCAGGCCACCUCCACACUCACACGCUCCUACAACAACUACAACGACUCCUACAGCGACGCACUCCCCCCCGACGCUGGUGGGAGUCAGUACGGUGGGCGCCACUACGGCCUCCAUGACGGCUACGGCAUUGGAGACGCAACGGACAACUACGGCAGCCUGUCCCGCGGAGUCAACUUCCGGCCACCCCGCUACCCCUACGCUAUGGCUAACAGCUAUCGGCCAGAGAACAGCUACGGGACCCUACCCAUCCGGAAGGAUGACUACGGCCACGUGGCCCAGCCCCAGGUCCCCAUGGGCAGCAGCAGUGUGGACCUGAACCGGUCGCAGCCAGAACGCUUCCAGCCAGAGCCCUACGGACUGGAGGACGACCGCCGCAGCCUGGGCCCCGAGGAGGAGGAGCCCUAUGACCUGGAGCCUGACUACUCCACUGCUAGCCGGCGCCAAGGCACGCUGCCAGGCACCAACCGCGGCAGAACCAUGAGAGAGCCGCUCCGCGACGGGCCACGCAUCAGGGGUUACGAGGAUCCCAUCGAGGCGGAGAUGAUUGACGAGCGACACCCCUACAUCCAUGGCAUGUACCCGGCCCCCCUGGCCCAGCCCGAGAGGGGGAGCAUGGCCAGCCUGGACCGCCUUGCUGGCCGCCGCUCGCCCUCCAUCGACAGCAUCCGCAAGGACCCGCGUUGGCGUGACCCCGAUCUGCAAGAGGUCAUAGCCAUGCUGGGCCACCCCAUCGACCCAGUCAAGUCUAAUGCCGCCGCGUAUCUGCAGCACCUGUGCUACGAAAACGACAAGAUCAAGAAAGAUGUGCGCCAGCUGAAGGGGAUCCCGGUGCUGGCAAGCCUGCUGGACCAUCCCAAGGCUGAGGUCCACCGCAAGGCCUGCGGAGCCCUGAGAAACAUCUCCUACGGCAAGGACCACGACAACAAGGUGGCCAUCAAGAACUGUGACGGUAUCCCCGCCCUUGUCCGCCUGCUGAGGAAGACCAACGACAUGGAGGUCCGCGAGCUGAUCACAGGGACCCUGUGGAACCUGUCUUCCUUUGAGCCUCUGAAGAUGGUGAUUAUAAACCACGGACUGCAGACUUUGACCAACGAGGUCAUCAUCCCCCACUCAGGCUGGGAGCAUGAGCCCAACGAGGACUCCAAACCUCGUGACGCAGAGUGGACCACCGUCUUCAAGAACACAUCAGGAUGUCUGAGGAAUGUGAGUUCGGACGGGGCCGAGGCAAGGCGCAGACUAAGGGAGUGUGAGGGGCUUGUGGAUGCUCUGCUGCACGCCUUGCAGUCAGCUGUGGGCAAGAAAGACAUGGACAACAAGUCUGUGGAGAACUGUGUGUGUAUCAUGAGGAACCUGUCUUACCACGUUCACAAAGAGAUCCCAGGGGCCGAGAAGUUCACAGACCCGUCCGUUCUGCAGGCCCCGGGCUCUGCGGGCCCUCAGAGGAAGAAGAAGGAUGACGCAGGCUGCUUUGGAGGGAAGAAGGCCAAAGAGGAAUGGUUUAAUCAAGCCAGAAAAAACUGCGAGAAUGACAAAAACUACGAUACGCUGGAUCUACCCAAGCGCACAGAACCCACAAAAGGUUUUGAGCUGCUGUACCAACCGGAAGUGGUGAGGCUGUACCUGUCUCUGCUAACUGAGAGUCAGAACUACAACACUCUGGAGGCUGCCGCAGGGGCCCUGCAGAACCUCAGCGCCGGACAGUGGACCUGGUCCAACUACAUCCGUGCCACAGUGAGGAAGGAGAAGGGUCUUCCCAUCCUGGUGGAGCUGCUGCGUUCUGACUCUGACAAGGUGGUCCGAGCCGUGGCCAUCGCCCUGCGCAACCUCUCCAUCGACCGCCGCAACAAAGACCUGAUCGGGAGCUAUGCCAUGAGGGACCUGGUGAGUAACCUGCCCAGCGGUCAGCAGCGGCCAGCCAAGAACCUGGAGGAAGACACGGUGGUAGCCAUCCUCAACACCAUCCACGAGAUCGUGACGGACAGCUCUGAGAACGCACGCUCCCUCAUCCAGGCCCAGGCCAUCGAGAAACUGGUGGCCAUCAACAAGACAAGCCAAUCACCACGUGAGGACAAGGCCGCCUCCCACGUGCUGCAGACGGUGUGGAGCUACAAGGAUCUGAGGAACGCCCUGACCAAGGAAGGAUGGAACAAGAGCCACUUCCAGCCUACAGCGACCGGCGCCCCUAAAGCAACCAAGAAUGGCAAGCCAGGCUAUGACGACACCACUCUGCCCCUGAUGGAGAAGAACCAAGGUCAGUCUGUGAUGGCAGGCGAGACUGGGGAUCCUCCGGGCCUGGCCUACUGUGGUGAACUGAGCACCAAGAAAAAUGGAAGUGGUGAUAUGAUACCUAUGGACGAGCUUGGUCCAGAUGGCUACUCCACCAUCGACCAGAGAGACAAAGACUGCAAGUACAAGAGUAGUGGAGACGGGUCAGUGGACCUGUCAGAACGCGAGCCAUUAAAGAAUGAGACAAAUAGGAAACACUAUGUCAGGAGUAACAGGCCUGCAGUCAAACUGGUGGAUGCUUGUGACGUUAAACCUCAGCCUGUUGACUCCUGGGUCUAAAUGCAUGCAUGGCUUAAAUAACGACAGCGUAACACCUAAACUAGAGGAUCUCCCAUGUCAUCACUGCCAUAACACAUGGAACUCAUUUUGAUGUUGACUCGUCAGCAGAUAGACUUUGUAAAAGAAAGAAAAAAGAAACAAUCAUCCAACAACCAAUGUUUCAUGCUUUUGAAUCAGCAAAUGAAAUGAUGUAUAAAAAAAGAAAGAAAAGAAAAUCUAAAAACGACUACUUGUCAUAUCUACAUUCCCCACUGGAUGGACAGGUGUAGGGUACCCUAACAGCAAGGACUCUGACUGGAGCAGCACUGCAUGGUGUCAGGAUGUAGGUGUAGGGUACCCUAACAGCAAGGACUCUGACUGGAGCAGCACUGCAUGGUGUCAGGAUGGAAGAGAGGAAGCAGUUGUUGUCAUAGAGAUACAAGUAUUCUAGAGCUCUAUCUCUAUGGCAAUGUGGUGGGGGAGAGAAGGUGAUGAGAAGGUGAUGUUUGUUGGGAGGAAAGGAAGUGUGUUGGAAAGGAAAGGAGAUAGUUUGCUUCUAAUAGUAUUUUUUUCUAUGUUACAAUUUAGCCUUUUGUUUAGGUUUUGUUUUUGUUGGUUUGUCUUUCGUCGAGGCACACUAAAUUGUUUUUGUUUGUAAAAUUAUUUUUAUUAUUUUUCUUUUGCUGGUCUUUGUUUUUGUUUGGGUUUUCCGGAUUGAAGAAGUGUGGACUGGUGUGGUAGAUGAAGGUUGGGUUGGUUUGAAGGACUUGAUGCUUGAAGGGCACUUAAAGGAACUGUAUACCUGCAAGUGUUGAUUGGACUUAAGGAAGUGAAAUGAUGUGCAUUUGGUUGGGUUACUUAUAGCUGUUGAGUGAAACAAAAUGAAAAUAUAUUUUCAGUAUCGACACAGACUAGAGAUAUGUGUUUGCCGACGAUAUAUAAAUUGGUUGGUUGGUUGCAGUUUGUCAUUGAUAUGUAUUAAAGUUGAAGAGGAUUUAAGACAUUUUGUUUAUAAAUGGAUUGUGUUAAUGAAGGAAUGGAAAGUACAUGCUCCUGGUGUCAAAGGGUAGAAUCUAAAAGCAUUUUAUAUUUUUGUUGGUUUUAUAAAUGUAUAUUAGGGUCAAAGAAAAACAAAAAGAGAACAGAGAAAACAAUAGACACGUCUUAGUUGUGUACUCAUAAUAGGUUGUUUGGGAAGCACAUUCAUUGGAUAAAAUAUCAUGUUUGUAAACAGAAAUAACCACAUCAUUUAAGUGUCAAAUCUGUAGUCAUGCUGAUCACAUAUUUAUAUUUUGUACUGUCAAGAGAAAACAAAACAAAACAAGAAGAGCUGUUAUUCAGCUUUCUUUUUAAAGGCGAGUUGAACUGAUGACCUGGUCUCCAAAUCUUUCAAGGAGAUGAAUAGAGGGAGGGGGGGGGGGGGUUCAGCAGGGAUCACUCAAGAGAUAAGACUGAGAGAAAGAGGGAUGGAUGGAUGGAUGGAUGGAUACAGCAGCAGGGAUAGACAGAAGAUGUUAGACAGAAGUGUUCCAAUUCCCUUCACAUUUCACACUGCAAUUUAUAUGAAGUCGCUGAGAACCUGAAAACAUGCUUUGAUUUCACUAAUGCAUCUUUAAAGAACUAUUUGAAACAAGCAUGAAAAAAUGUACAAAUGUUUAUAUUAUAUUAUUUUUAAGUGCCAGUUUUUGUGGUGUAAUUGGAUAUUAGUCAUUUAUAUCCGGAGAGGAGAGCAGUUUUCCUGUGGUUCAAGGCAGAGUUUGCAUCACGUAUGAAGUAUACAACAUCUGUUUGAUUAUUAUAUUUUUUGUGCCCUCUUCUAGGGGCAGUUGAAAUGUAGUAGUGCAGAUGAUUACGUCAUUGUCUUUUAAAAAGAGACCAGAAGAAAGGCUGAACUACACAUGUGGUUAAAGGUUUAGUAGUGGUUUUGUGAUUGUUUUAUCUCCAUCUCCAAGUGGACUCUCCACUAUGAACCUAUUCUGGGACUGGUGAGGGGACCCUCCACUAUUGGACAGCUUAACUCAUGCGUCAGCUAUAGGCAAAUGGCAUGUGCCUGCGUUGAAUGCCGAAUUUCUUUGUGAUGUGACUUUAUAAAGCUUGCAUAUUUUACACAGUGUUUACAAAGACUUAUGUGAUAAAAUAAAAAUGUAAAGUACAUGUUUUAAUAAACAUUUGAUUUCAGAGAAAAGCAUUGUAAUAAUAGCCCCACGUUAACAUCCUCCAUGUCCACAUACGUCCUCAAAACUGUGUGCUUUUCAUUGGAUUGUUAAUCUUUGACUGUCUAUUCCUGACUGCAUUUUGUAGUACCCAACCAGAGGACCUGGUGUUGUAUUUCUAUACAUAUGAGUCCAUGGGCUUGUUUGUGGACUGUGCUAACUGUGCUGUGAAAGAAAUGCAAGAAAAUGGGGGCAGCAAUUGAAUCAAAUGAGCAAGACCUACCUGUGUAGAUAUCACUGAUUCAAACUCUUCAAAAUAAAGUAACUGUACUGCUCAGUAGCAAAUGUGUUUGUAACUAUCAUGUGCCUUAACAUUUUCCAUGGUACAUAAAGAUAUCAUUGUGUUUUAUAUAACUCUUUAUCCCUCCGCCGUUCCUUCUUCCUCCUCAUCCCCUUAUACCUCUCCUUUUCUCUUCUGUCAGCCUCCCUCCCUAUAGUAUAUCUCUCCCCUUUCCCUUCAUUUUACACACUCACACAUUCACCCACUCUGUCCUCAGUGUAGACUAGACUGUUGGUGGGUUUUUGCUUUGUAUUAAAUUGUAUUAUAAACUUUUAAAAGAUAGAGACAUAAAACAUGGUUUGAGUUCAUAGAAGAGUACAUUAAUGCUUUCGUAGCUAUCAGAGCGAUGCCACAGUGACAGAAUGUAUUAUGUUGAUUUUACUAAUACCCAGAGGCAAGUGUUACACUUGUUCAAAUAACGUAAAAAAUACUGAUUUGUAGAGUAUCAAUUUGGUGUGUUUUCAAUAAACUAUGCCUGGAAAGAA